GGACCAAGUUGCUCUGAAGUGGAUUUAAUGACACAUUAAUAAGAGAAAUGCAGACGUUACUUCAGAAAAGAAGAUGUUUACAUCCUACGAGUGUUCCUUAGGUCAAUCUGAUUUUUCGACGGAAGAUUGUUUUUAUUGAAUCGAAUUUUGUGACUAGGGAUAUGUACAUUUGAUUAGGAGAACUGUGAAAUGGUUUCUAUUACUUGGAGUAUUGACUGCUCAUAGUUGGAUUUUGCUUCUGCAAUAAGAAGGAUAUCGGCGACCUGACAAUCGGAACAAUCGUUGAAAUCCAUUGACUGUUAUCGCAAACAGACUGAGAUCCUAUCAACAAAUUAGCAAUGGCAUCUCAAGAGUCUCAAACAGACUGUGUAAAUACUGUCCAUUCAAAUACCCACGAAAUUUGCUAUCUCCACGAUUGUAACAGAUGUAAUAAAGAUCCUGCUCACAAAGCGUUCGUUCCUUAUGCAUUUAUUGACUUUCUUAUCGGUGACCCGGUGUUGAGGUUCAUUAAACAUAUUGGGGAAAGAACAGUCAAGCUACAAAUUAGUCAUCUUAGUUCUGGACGACCAAAUUACAAGAAUGAUGGUCCAAAUGGAGGAAGACGUUACGGGACUGGUUUCGUACAAAAGUUAGCUUCCUUGGACACAGUAAUUAACUCCAACCUGCCUCAAAAAGCUUCCUAUUUCUUAAUUUGUACAGCCAACCAUGUAAUAUUUGACGAUUCAGAAUCAAAAGCAACCAAAGUGACAUUUUUUUAUGAAGGUGUAUAUGAACAUGGCGUUAAAAUAGCUAAAGGUGUUAAGGUGAUCGAAGCAGACUGGGAACGCGACUAUGCAGUAGUUUUAUGUUGUACCUCCGAUGAAGAGCUUAUCCUAAGAUUCCAAGAUCUUUUCACGCUACCGAGAUCAAUACCAUCAGUACCAAGAUCAACUACAAAGUCUCACACUGCAUUACUUGCACAAAUCUGCUUUCAGACCAUGUCGAAGCUAUCCUUUGUACGCACUUGUAGAAUGGGGAGGUUUUAUACGCAUCUAACUAAAUGGUUACAAGAAAGUAGAAAUCGCUUUUCAUUUUUAGAUACUUGCUCGCAUCUUUGUGAUUUAUCAGCAAAUAAUAAAUUGAUAAAAGAUUUUUUUAUCUUGUAUGUCAAACAAGCCAAACAAAUGAAAUGGACAGGGGAACUUUUAAAAAGACUGAACUCUACGUAUUUUACUCAAAAUAAGAAAAACGUAGAUUCUUGUUUUGGUGUGUUGUUGGAUUUGAAAAGAUAUGCCAUAAAUAAACUUUUAAUGUGCUCCUAUUAUGAUGAAUUUAAUCACAACAUGAAUUUAAUUAUGUUUUUUUCUGGCAAAAAGUUUAAACGGAUUUUACUUGAUGAUAAAAAACUUGGCGAAUUAAACGAAACUAUGGCAAGACCCAAAAUCAAUCAGAAGAAGCUAACGGUCGAUUUCUGUUCUGGUGAAAAAAUGGAUAUCAAUAGUAGCCUCCAUCGCUUUAAAGACAUGAGUCUUGCUGAACUCAGUUGUAGGUCUGUUUCUCUAUGCAAGGCGAACACAACAAACAAAGAACCACAACUUGUAUUUCAAUUCGAAGGCUUCGGUGUUUAUCCAGCUAAUAUAUUUCACAGUUUUCAUAUGUUCAAUAUUAAGGCUAGCAUGCCCGUUUCUUUAGAAAUACUCACCUACCAAGCAUAUAGCUUUCUACAGAGGCCAAACCAAAAUCUUUAUGCUGAGAGCUUGGAACACUCUCCUAAUUCGAAGUUUGCUAUUUCUAAAGAUAUAGAAUUUGUUAAUGUUUCAAAGGACGAUUAUUACCAUAGCAAAAGUCCAAUAUUUGCUAAUGAGUUUUUUAAUAUAAAUUUUUGCAACGAUUUCGGCAUAUUUCACAUACCAAAUCUAAAGAUGAUUGACUUCCAAGAACAGUAUGACUUUUGCUUCAUUCACUUUCAAAACUGGAUUAAUAGCAUGACACUUAAACAGGACACUACCCCAGAAUUGAUUUUAAGCAUAUUGGUGACAUUAAGGAUUUUAGAAAUAAACCUGAUUGACACUGGACAUUUUGUACGAGAUUUUGUGGAGCACAUGAGCCUAAAAUUCAAACCUGAACCUUUCAGCAUCUUACACUUGUUGGUUUCUGAUGAAUUUGAAAAAUAUUUGCAAAGAGCGAGCAACACUGAGGAAAUGUGCAACGCAAUUAAACAAUUCAAAUCUAUCCACAUCUCUUGCUAUCGUGAAUUUGUUGAUCAUUUUACAGACAUUGUCGAUAUCGUAAAAGAUCGUUUGCGAGGAUUUUUCAGAUUUUUUUCAAAUGGACUAGAAUUGUCCACUGGGCUGGUUGUUCACAUUUCACAUCCACAUGGAAAAGAAAAGCAAAUAACUGUAGGUGAGAGAGCAACUGAAGAGGCCGGUGUCUACAGUCAUAAUGCGGCAACAUGUCCAGGAGGUUCUGGAGGUCCACUUUGUAUUUUUCCUCAGGGCGGCAACGAAAUUUCAAAACUUUUACUUCACUCAGGAAGUGAUAGAGAAAGUGGACUUGGUGUUGCGUCCUCAUUUAAUGUCAAGUUUAAAGAAUGAAAUAAAAUUUAAAAAAAAUAACCCUCUGGGUCAGGAUUUUGUGAUUUUACCAUCACAAAAGAGAUACAAGACAACGAUAGCAAAGACAAACAGACACAAACACUCUUUUGUUCCCCUGGCAAUCAAAUCAUUAAAUAAGAACAAUCUGGUAUAAACUUUGUCACAUGUAAAUUAUGAGUGAGUCUGGUGUGAAAGUAUAUUUUGGUUUUCUAUAGUUAUCAUAUUCUGUAUGGUGUAAUGCACAAAUUGUAAGACAAAUCUCCAUAUGGAUAAUAAAGAUUAUUUUUAUUAUUAUUGUUAUUAAAU